AUGGGCCCUAUGGUUGAUAGUCAUCUUGCUAUCCUUGCCGGCAUCUCUCUUUCCUUUGUCGCCGUCAAGGCACUGAGGUGGUUCAUCAAGAAGCGACAGAAUAUCCCUUCUCUUCCUCCUGGCCCAAUGCCGUUCCCACUGUUAGGGAACGUUUUAUCUAUUGACACUAAGAAACCUUGGUUGACUUAUACUGAAUGGCGCGCUGUCUAUGGAGAUUUGAUCUUCGUGCAGAUUCUAGACCAGGAAGUGGUUGUGAUCAAUUCCCAACAUAUCGCACAAGCCUUGCUAGACAAUCGUUCUCGGAUUUACUCCGACAGGCCAUACUUAGCCACACUCAAACCUUAUGGCUGGUUGGUCAGUUUUGCAUUCAUAGGGUAUAAUGACGAAUGGCGCCUGUGCCGACGACUCUUUCACCAAACUUUCCGUCCUAAAUCUGUAGUGAGGUUUCGCCAAAUGCAGAUUAGGCGGGCUCGUGAUAUGGUCGCCAACUUAGUUAGUGACCCUCAACACUACCAUUCCCACUUCGCAACGUUCUCGUCCUCUGUUGCAAUGUCAACUGUAUAUGGCUACGAUACCAGCACUCGUAAUGAUCCUCUGGUGGAGAUCGUGAUAAAUGCAAUGACGGGCUUAGCUAUGCUGACUCCGGAGAGAGCAAUCAUGCUAAAAGCCUUUCCCUUCUUAUUGAAUGUACCUGAUUGGUGCUGGGGAUCCUCAAUCAAGCGUAGUGCUCAAGCUUCGAGUAAGCACGUCAAUGAAAUGGUCAACGUGCCGUUUCAACAUGCACGGGAGCAUAUGGCUGAUAGCUCUCAAUCUUCAAUGGUUGGAGAAAAUUUGCGACGGAUGGAGAUGCAAGAUGAGGCAUCCAAACCGAUGUUUGAGACUUCUUUGAAGAAGGCAGCUACUACCGCUAUUGUGGGCUCAUAUGAGACAAUGACUUCAACUUUGAUGGCUUUUACUCUUGCUAUGGUCUUAUAUCCAGAUGUUCAGAAACGUGCACAAGCAGAGAUCGACUCGGUGAUUGGAAGAGAUCGGUUGCCUAUGUUUGAGGAUAGAGCAUCACUACCCUACAUUGAUGCUAUUCUGCGGGAGACUUUUCGGUGGGCACCCGCUGUACCCCUAGGAGUGCCACAUGCUACAUCGAGCGCGGAUUUAUAUGAUGGUUACUUCAUCCCAAAAGGAGCGACCGUCGUGUGCAACACAUGGGGCAUUUCACGGGAUGAAAAGCGGUACCCCCAAGCAUCUCAUUUUAUACCAGACAGGUUCAUUGACGUCAAUGGUUUGUUGACGGAUGAUGACCCUGCAGAAUAUAUUUUCGGUCUAGGUCGGCGUAUAUGCCCAGGUCGAUAUGCUGCUGAUACUUCUUUGUGGUCUGCCAUUGCUACCAUGCUGGCCACAGUAGACAUUUCUUCCGCUAAAGAUGACCAAGGCAAAACGAUCGAUUUCACUGCCAAGUUCAUGGUGGGAGUGGUUCGGUACUUGGCUUCCCCAUGA